AUGGCUUUGGAACAGUCAGUUUAUAAAACAUUUUCUAUGUAUGUUUCAACACUAAUUUUAUAUUUGCAGGUGCCUGUCCACUCCUCAGUUCGACUGGUUUUCAAGAGCCAUAUGCGUCGGUCGAUCCGGAAGGUGACCGAGAUGCCACAGACUAGAAAGGCACUACUUGACUGGGUCAGGAUAGAGUAUCAUGCAGUCACUUCCUUCACAGAGCUGCGUAAAGGCAACCGGAUUGAACUGACUGUUGGACCAGUGCCAAAUGCCUUGAGUGUAUGUGAGAUCCGAGAUGACCAGCCACUUAAUGCAGUAGCUCGGAUUGAGCAGCCCCAGUUCCUGUCUGGUUGUAGUACGAAUGGUGCUAUGGACUCAAAAUCUAGCGUUACCUAUGUUAUUGAGUUGGAGAAUGCCUAUGAAAAUAACCCAAGAGGGAAGGCAGUAGAGGUUGAGCUGGAUAUCAAGAGCCCAUCACGAAAGACAACCAACCGUGAUUUCCACCUUGUCCUUAAAUCACCAAAGUCUGUGAUCUGGAAAGUCCAAACUAAACGCAUCCAAGGAGCAAUAGACAUUGUGUCAAACACUCAUAUCAACAUGUCAGGGAUCAAAGUAGACACGGCAGGGGUACGCAUGGAGACGAUAACACACUCGCGUGAGGGCCUCAUCCAAUGGGUCAACUACCACAAUGGACCGGUGUCCAUCUACGCUGGCAUCAGCCUCGCCAACAAAAUCACCCUUAUAUUACCUCAGACAGAUGAACCAGAAUCUGACAGGGGCCAUGGUAAAGGAUCAAUCGGCACUACCAAGAUUAUUACUCCUCCAUUUGACAAUAUUCCCCAUACAAAGAGUGUGUUUAAAAGAGCUAUCCAUGCUGAAUGUCAUCCAGACAGACACAUGAUUGUGGCCUUCAGCAGGCUCAUCCUACAGAAUUUUGGCUUAGAAAUAGAUCAGCUGACUCUCAGGGACCCAGCAUGUAAAGCUGGUAAAAAUGAGAGCCACAUCAUCCUAGGGUUGUCCCCUUCUAACUGUGGUACGCAGGCAUCGGUUACCGACGGGAACACUUUCUAUAACAACAUGUUAUUGGUACAUCGCUCCUCUGCAGAUGGGUUGGAAGAGAUCGGAAGUGGCUAUGAUACCCUCUCGGAUAAUGAAAUUUCAGGCUCAGGGUCACAUGAUCCUAAAGCUGAAACCUACUUCGAUGAUGAGGACUUCCAGAGUGAUGCAAUAAAAGUAGAAGUUGUAUGUCAAUUUGUUGCACAUGAGGGGAUAACAGACUCACAAUUGCCCACACAAAACUACACUGAUUAUUCCUGGGCACAGUCAAACAGGAGUUUCGGUAUCAAGCUGUUCCGCUCCAGUGUGAUGAAGGACCCAGUCUACCGCUUCCCUAUGACUGUUUCUCCAUACAGUUACAUCUACGUGGAGGUCGACAUGCAACCAGUGGAGAACCUUCAGGUGAUGCUACAGAGUUGUUGGUUAUCGGACCACAUGGAUAAGCAGACAGACCGGACAGUAACCCUCAUAGAAAAUGGAUGUAGAAAGCCCAGCGUACGUUGGAUCACUAACCAGUCAUUCCUCGGAACUAGCUGGGGAUCCAAUGCUCAUGCUCAGCGAUUCAGCUUCAACACUGGCGACCUGUUUCAUGCGAUGUUCCUCCAGUGUCGUAUUGGUGUCUGUAGCAGGAACCCAAAGCUUGCCCAGGGAAUUCCUUGUGGAGACGAGAUGUGUGGGAAAAUCACGGCCAACAUGCCAGGAAAGCUGAUUGUUCGUGGUCCACUGGAAAUCACCGGGCAGGUGGAGCCUCCCGAACCCAGUCGGAAAACGAUAAUUAAACCAGCUAUCAACCAAGGAGUGAUUCCUAAAGGUGACCAGCGCAAUCACCACCACCAAUCCAACAGCAGACAUAACUCCAACCACGCUGACACCAUUGUGAUAGAGGGUCUGGAUUCUGGCACAGUUGUAGGCAUAGCAUUCGCAGCAUUUAUCAUUGGAGUCCUACUGAUGGCAGCAUUGUGGUUCAUCCAUACACAUACGGGUCCUAUCAAGCAUGCAGUUGCUUCCCGCGGCGGGGUGCUGUCAGGGAGCGGCGAGUCUACACCGAUGUCCACUGCGCCUAUCACCAUCAACUCAUAGUAACAUUGACUGUGGUCAGAGCUGCAAAGGGUGGGACUGACCACUGCUGGCCUCGUGUGAGACAUAUGUCCAUUCUUUGGUCAAUUGAUGAUACAGUCAAAACAAAUCAAUUUUACGGUAAAACGGGUAGCCUAGAUGUGCGCUGAUACAUCAGGUAUGAUUUCUGAUCGAAGUUUGUACUUGGUCAGGACAUUUGUUGUCUGGGUUUGUGCUUGGUCAGUUAACCACUGAUUCUGAGUCUGUCUCAGUUAUAUUAUUAUGGGGUUUUUUUCAUUACGAUUUUGUUUUUUUUCACUAAGUUAUGCAUAUCUUGUUGAUAGAUGAACUCGUAGACCCCCAUACCUAGUGCUGCAUCAUUAUAUAUGAUAGACUAUGUAGGAUAUUUGCAAUAUUGUCCAUAGCCAAGUUACGAAACUACCAUCUAUUUUAUUUUAUAUACAUACUGUAUCUACUUAUUUAAGCGUGCUAAAAUUUUCAGGGUUUUGUUGUUUUUGUUUCCGUCAUUUUGUCAAACUAAGUGAGUGCUAGAAACCUGAAUGACAUGACAUUUUUGCCACUAUAUAUAUAGAAUCUAAAUCAAGAUAUGUACUGGGAAUCACAGUUUCUCCUAAUUAUGAUGGAAUUUCUGAACCUACCGACUGUAUCAGUCUUCUUUGCCUUCAAGUGCAGUGAUCUUUGGUUUAAAAAGAGAAUUUGAUAUCAAUCAAUGUUUGUGCUCAUAAAAUCUUUACAAAAUUGGAAACAAAAUGUAUCCUAUGAUUCAUUUAAGUGCUUAUUUAUAGCUCAACAAGAAAUGUUAUCAGAAAAUUCCCAAACGUCAAAUAAUUUAUUACCAUAAGUUGCAGAGUUGAUAUGAGGAAAAAUAUUCUUUAAUAUAUAGAGAUGUUUAUCACAAGUAUUCUCAACAUAACAAAUUGACUACGCCACAUGCUCGUUGAAUCCCAACAUAGUCAGCUGUUUGGAACUUGACCCUUUUGAAAUGUAAUUACCCAAUACACAACCAUGUGGCUAUGUCUAUGUGAUGUGGUUUAAGUUCUGUGGUCAGAUUAGCCUUGCAUGCCCAUGAAUGAUGAGAUGUUUGUAUGGACCAUACUGAGAACAAUGUAGAAAUAGAACGGGUAUUUAUUGUAUAAACUCCUUACCUCAUACACCAUACAUAUAUGGUUAGGGUGUACUUAUUCUCUUAGAUUAAUGCAACAUAUUGGUGCUUUGUAGUUUUUAAGAUUUUGUUUUUGUCAAAAAAGCUAUGUGUUGUUAUGUUUGUUUCUGCUGUUAUUGGUUGCUUCUGUUAAUCCCUCCGAAAUACAAAGUUGAUUGGUCACAUAAGCUCCUUAAUUAGUGACUGAGAGAAUGUAUUGUCCAGUAUUGGUAAUCUCUCCAUUGUUUGUAACUGUUUCUACAUUGAUCAAUUGACAGGAGAUCAAUUCCAUGUCUGUCCUAAUUUUUGAUAUUGAAUGUAGUAUUGCUUCAUUUCCCAACUUAUUACUGAGAUUACAGCAGAGGAAAUGAAGAAAAGUUCCUAUGACACGCCACCUCCUUUGAAGUGCUAUUUCCCCAUAAACUAGAAGCAGAAGCUGUGUAAUUUAAAGUGUUACUUAUGAAUUUUGUUACUAAUGGUUGCAAAGUGCUAUUUGUGUUUUUUGUUACAUCUGGCCUAGAUUACUUCAGUCAUGUAUAAUCAUGUCUGGGUAACCUAGGUUACCACAGUCUAGGGCAUUUUUGUCUAGCUUACCUCAGACAUAAAUCUAGUCUUGUGUUCCUGGGAAACCUUUGACAGUGAUCAUGUCUGUAUAAAUUGCUUUGGUUACCACAGACAUGGAUUGUGUCUAAGUUACCUUGGUUACAACAGACAUGGAUUGUGUCUAGGUUACCUUGGUUACCACAGACAUGGAUUGUGUCUAGGUUAGCGUGGUUACAACAGACAUGGAUUGCGUCUAGGUUACUUUGGUUACCACAGACAUGGAUUGUGUCUAGGUUACUUUGGUUACCACAGACAUUGAUUGUGUCUAAGUUACUUUGGUUACCACAGACAUUGAUUGUGUCUAGGUUACUUUGGUUACCACAGACAUGGAUUGCGUCUAGGUUACCUUGGUUACCACAGACAUGGAUUGUGUCUAGGUUACCGUGGUUACCACAGACAUGGAUUGUGUCUAGGUUACUGAGAGCUCCUCAGUCAGGAGAUUGGUUAUAUAGGGUAGGGAUAAUACAAGAUACAGGUUUGAGUUUUUCAAUCUUUUGUAUCUGUUUUAUUUCCACCAUUAUUUCAACACUCACAUCUCCGUGAAGAUAAUGAAAAUGAUUUUAAUUUAGAUUUCUGACGAACCUAAUCAGUGUUUCAGAAAUGUGUCGCGCAAAAACGUUUUUGGACAUUAAAUGAUUUCAUGUGAUUGGGCGUUGCAGCCACAUUAAGCUAAGGUUCACUGCUUCUAAGUCUAGUACAGGUGUAUUAUAUUCAGACUUGCAAGUUUAGUACAAUUGUAUUGUUAUUCAGACCUGUUAUUCAGACAGGAAGAAUCAAACUGAAUAUUUUUGUUGUUCUGUUAUUUGAUAUUCAAAUAGUGCUGAAGAAGACAUUGUUAGUGAAAAAUGUUCAAUGACGCUUAGGAUGUUUGUUACAUGAGAUUUAUGGGAAGAUGUUUACCUGUAGAUCUGGAGUGAUUUAUGGGGAGAUGUUUACCUGUAGAUCUGGAGUGAUUUAUUGGGAGAUAUUUACCUGUAGAUCUGGAGUGAUUUAUGGGGAGAUGUUUACCUGUAGAUCUGGAGUGGAAAGUUUCCUCAUUAAGACAGUUUAUACAAGCUUUCUUUCCUUUCUCAUUUUAUAUGAAACUGAUGUGA